AUGUCGAACCCUGCGAUUGCCGCGUACGAAGCCGCAUACGAUACGUCUGCUUCAAGAGCCGAGCGCCCGGUCUCGUGGCCGCUCAGCAACGCGCAGGCAGCGCAGAUCGCUGCGCUCUACCCCAACAAGCUCAUCUCUGCGGCCAACAUCCUCCUCAAUGAGCGAUACGCCGACAACUAUAACCGCAUGCUUGACAAAGUCAGCGACGCCUGUCUUCCGCACGUGGGGCCAUCGCAUGACACGUCCAUGGAUCUCUCGCACAUGGUUGUGGACGACGUCGGCGACGCCGACCUCUUCCGCUUGCAGCCUUCAAACGAUGACGUAGUCAACGCGACUACGUUUGGUGUGCUCAUCAUGCUGCUUCCAUCUGUGCACACGGGCGGCGUCAUCACGUUCACGCACGGCAACCAGUCGGAAACGUUUGAUGACGACACGUCGCUUCUCGAGACAUCGUUCGCCGCUGCCUUUCUCUCAGCGACGAUCACGCCGGCACCCAUCACGUCCGGGCGCCGCGUCGCACUUGUCUACGGCUUGUACUACGGCAACGUGAAAACGCCAAUGCGCAUGGAGCCGAAUGUGCAGGACGCGGCGAUCGCAGCCUUUCAAGCCGCAGGGCAAUCGACGACUCAAGAGGUCCAGCGACUCGGACUGGAGCUGGAAAAGUCGCGGCUCAAUUUUGCAGCGCUCACAGUCUGGGAGAUGGCGUUUGUGAAGGUGCUUCUCGCUGCCGGCAACGGUGACGUCGGGCUUGCGACGAUCGACACACGCAAGCGCGUCACGAGGUUGCUGCCGCACCCCAAAUGCAGCAUCCCGGACGCUGUCGUGCGCGAUUUGAUUGGAAGGUCGAUCCAAGGCUUUCUGCACAGGCCGCUCCCGAACUCCAACGCAGCUUCGCACUUGUCUCUCGUCUUUUGGCCCAAGCGCCACCGAGUGAGCAUGGUCGACAUUGAUGGCGUCGUGGACUUCGACUGGAGCGUGGCAACGACAACGACGACGGGCACAUCGGCAUCUUUGACACGCGCGAGCUCGUGCUCGCAACUCUUGCGGCCAAAGGCGUCCCUCGCGACGAUGCACCAGAUCGUGAUGGCGCUCGAUGACGUGGCGCUCUCGGCCGCUCUCCUACAUGUGAUCGCGAUCCGAGCGGAGCUUUUAUGGACCAGUGAAACGCAAUUCAUUCACGGCCUCUUGGCCAAGCAUGGCUGGUUGCCGCUGCAGUCGUCGAUGCUCGUGUUUGUUGAGCGCUGGGCGAAAGUCAGACCCAAGGAAGUGAUACAGCUGCUCACGAGCUUGGCCGGCCUUGACACCGAGUCGCCUGUAUGUCCGCCACUGUGUCAACCGUUUGAAGCCGAGCUCUUCAAGCGCUGCUUCGAUGUGGUGUUGAAGACGCCUGGUCUCUUUUCGAAGAGAAAAGACUUGCUGCUCCGUGGCCCUGCAUUUGUCAAGGGUCUCUGCUUGCUCGAGCACUACGUGAAAACGACGGCGCCGGAGCUCCAAGAUGCCAACUAUACAAGUCGACGCCUGCCGCCGAUCCUCGUCAGUGCUGUCGACGCCUUCCUCUUUGCCUACCCAUCUCUCGCCAGCUUGUUCUGCUCCUCGGCCGUGUGGCACCCGCUCAAGGACCUUGGUGUCGGGCUGGCGUCGGCCGUGCGCUGCCAACCGGAGUUGCCACUUCCACCGGCCAUGAUUGACAACGUCCUCGCAGCCAUGCAAGCACCCAUGACGCCGCGCCUCAAGAUUCGAAUGGCGCACCAACAAGCCGACAUUGCCGCCGCGGUGCUCGUCUUGGCGAGUCUCUCGCAGCGUCUUGACGCAGCACUCUUUGACAUUUUGGUCGACAUUUAUGGGCUUCGACUGCUCCCGAUUGUCGCCUCGAUCGCCUCGCAGCUGCCGGACGAUGCGAUCGUGGGCCAGCUCGUCACUGCGUACAUUGACAGCUCGGUAGACACGCUCGUCGACGAGUGGUCCAAGUGGCCCGAGCCGUUGAACCGUCAAACGUACACCGGUCGGUACAUGGAAGCAACGUACACGUUUGGCGCCGACAUCGUUGUCAGCGCCGUGGAUCUCUUGCUUCGCUUUGCGCCCGACACGGCGCUUGCCUGCGUCUCUCGUCUGAUUGUGACGACCAUCAUUGAUCGAUUCGCCGCGGUGCCAGUGCUGCCCCAUAUUGUCAACUUUGCAACGCCAUCGCCACCCGAUCUCGACCCGGCCCAUUGCAACCAGUGCAACGAAGCGCAUUGGUUCUUGGCGCAAGCGGACGAAGCGUCGGUGACGCUGUGCAGCCGCGGCGUCUGCCCCCAUCUCGUACGCGUCGUCACCGCAGACAUCGCGCGGCUUCGCAUCGAAAAGAGUGCCACGGAUCAUCGCCUUGAGAAGGUGCGCCAGCCCGGUCAAGUCUCCGAGGUCGAGUGGCGUGCGCACCAAGACACGAUGCAGGACUACCUUCGCGCGGCUGAAUGCGUCGAGAUCUUGAGAUGCCAAGGAGGGUACGAGCAGGAAGAUACAACAGACGAAUCGAAGACACACCCUGCCAAGUGCAUGCGUCGGGCGUAG